GACAGCUCUCUCUCUCUCUCUCUACCCCCUGCUCGUGGUGCGAAAAUCUGGUUCUUGCUCCUUCGUCUUCGUCGUCGUCGUCUUCACUCGAUUUCCGAUUCGCUUGCCCUCUGCUGUGCGCGCGCGUGUUCUCUAGGGUUCCGGCGGCGGGUGCGGGCGGCGGCGGCGGCGGCGGCUCGCGAGGUCGAUGUGAAGAUCGGCCCUUCGGGAAGGGAGCGGGUGUCGGAGUUCGCGUGUGGGAGGGAGGGCACGGGGUGUCGUCAUGUCGUCGUCGUCGUCCGAUAAGGAGCUGGAGGAGCAGCUCGCGGAGGCCGGGAGGAAGCUGCUGCUGGAGCCGCAGGCCCCCGUCGACGAGCUCCUCCCCCUUCUCGACCGAGUUGAAACUUGUCUCUCAAGAGUAGAACAAUCCCCAAGCAAAUCAAUGCAAAAGGCGCUUUCUCCGUCGCAAAAGGCAUUAGUGGCUAAUAGACUUUUCAGGCACUCAGAUGUUGAUGUUAAAGUUGCUGUUGCCUCAUGCAUUAGCGAGAUAACAAGGAUUAGUGCACCGGAGGCUCCUUAUGAUGAUGACCAAAUGAAGGAAGUUUUUCAGUUGAUCGUGUCAUCCUUUCAAAAUCUAUCUGAUAAGUCGAGCCGAUCAUAUGUGAAAAGGGCCUCAAUUUUGGAAACUGUCGCAAAGGUCAGGUCCUGCGUUGUAAUGCUGGACCUCGAGUGCGAUACUCUGAUACUUGAAAUGUUCGAGCAUUUCUUAAAGGAAAUAAGGGAGUACCAUCCAGAAAAUGUCUUUGCAUCAAUGGAGACAAUUAUGACACUGGUUAUAGAAGAAAGUGAAGAUAUUUCACCAGAGCUUCUCUCCCCGGUCUUGGCCAGUGUAAAAAAGGACAAUGAGGAUGUGCUUCCUAUUGCAAAGAAGCUCGGGGAGAAAGUGCUUGAGAAGUGUGCCGUGAAACUGAGACCUUACCUGGCCCAAGCAUUGAAAUCGUCUGGUGUUGUUUUAGAUGAUUAUAGUAAAGUAAUUGCUUCCAUAUGUCAAGACACAAAUGGUGGAGUUGAGCAAACUGAUAUCCAGGAUAUGGAAAAAGAGAGGUUAGCUGAAGAGCCUUCAACUCAAGAUGUUCCUGCACCCGGCGAAUCUUCAAAGACAGUUGUGAACAACGGAUCUACCCAGCUGGGCAAAGAUGAUUCUAUGGUGGAUCCCGUGUCAUUGAAGAAGGAAGAAGACGGUAAGGAGAGUGCAUCCAAAACUGCUGAUGCAUCUAGCAAUGGUGACCUUGAUAAAUUGGACAAUGAGAAGGCACAGAAAGAAGAAUCCAAGCCAGAACAAGCUACCAAGAGAAGAGGUAGGAGAACCAAUAUUUCAUCUAAAUCUGUGAAGUCCUCCAACAUUUCUCGGGUUGAUGAUAAGGAUGCUGAAAAUGUCAAAGACGCUGAGAAAGAACCUGGCAAUGAUGCUCCAAGUCUGCCACUCGAAGACCUGAAAUGUGAGGCAAAAUUGCCAUCACAAAGUGAAAAGGAGGGUGCCUCUGAGCCAUCUACGGAUAAAGUGGCUGAUGAUGAAUCCAAAGAUGAUGUGCCCAAAGAUGAUGAAUCCAAAGAUGAUGUGCCCAAAGAUGAUGAAUCCAAUGUCUCUGCUUUGCCUACCUUAACUAAGGAGAUACCUGAUGACAGUCAGCCCCAGGAGGCUGGAUCACCGAAGGAUAAAGAGGAUUCGGCUGAAGAGGUGAAACCAUCCUCUGUUGACAUUUCCAAAAAGGAAUCUGCAGAAACAGCUGGUCUUCUAGUAGAAACAGAUACGAAAGGAGUGGAUGAUAGCGCUGAUGAUAUGUCCAGCAAGGAGAGAACCAUAACAAUAGAGGAAACAUCCAAGGAAACAUCCAAAGAAGAUGAUGCGACCAGUGGAUCGGAUGUAAAAAUGUUGAAGCAGUCAGAGAAGAAAGUGAAUGCAAGCACCAGCGGUGGGGAAGGUACCUCUAGAAAGAAGCCAGAGGACAGAAGGAAGCUCGCCAAAAGUAGAUUGGCUUCUGAGAAGAAUGUCAAGAAAUCUGCUGGGAAAUAUGAUAAAAAGGGAACUCCUUCCUCCCCUAAGGUGGUGAAAAGACCAGUUAAAGAUGAGAAGUACCUGGGUGAGACCUCUAAGGACAAUUUCAAGAGGAAGCGUAGUUCAGGCAAAGAGGAGGAUUCUGAAGCUAAGACUAAUGGAGAGGAUCUGGUGGGUUCGAAGAUUAAAGUUUGGUGGCCUCUUGAUAAACAGUACUAUGAAGGUGUCAUUGAGGCUUUUGAUAAUGUGCAAAAGAAGCAUAAGGUUCUUUAUGAGGACGGUGAUGUUGAGAUAUUAAAUCUUGAGGCAGAGAAAUGGAAGUUAGUUGAAGGCGAUUCUGGAGAUAAGGGCCAAGCUGCUGAUCGUGAUAGUUCGGAUGCUUCGCCAGAAAUGCCUCUUAAGAAAAAGGCGAAAGUGAAGCCUGGGCUGGCUUCAGCAAAGAAAGUGAAGAUCGAUAUGUCGCCCAAGAAGAGUGGAGGUGCUUCUUCUGGCAAGUCCAAAGCUUCUGCUGCUACAACAUCUGGUCACAAGUCUAGGGAUGGCAGGAAAACAGAUGGCAAUGUUGAGAAAGACCGAACCCCUAAAAGUUCUGGUAAGGCAACUUUGAAAACGUCUGGGAAAUCCAAGGAUACUGAACUCAUGACUCUCAAAACCGGCAAAUCGAAAGCCAAUGAUGCCAGUGCAAGAAGUGUUUCGACUAAGUCUGACCGAGAAAUCCAGAAAAGUGACAAGUCCAUGCGAGCCGAUAAGAGUACUUCCAAGGGGAAAGGUCCGAGAAGCCUUGGCAAGGCUAAUACCAGUAGUUUCGGAAAGCUCAAACUGGGUUCGGCCAAGCCAAAAGAGGAUGAAAGUGAGGAUGAAGAUUCAGAGGAGACACCUGAAGUCCCUCUAAGUAAGAAAGCAAGGCUGUUGGAGUCUUCAAAGGCGCUGUCAGAGUCUUUGAAAUCGCAGGGAGGCAAGUCGAGUACUGGGAAAAAGCGUCGAAAAGGAGCUUAAAAUCUGAAAGGGGGGCCUUUGCUGUCUGAAUAGAAGGUGUUUUCUCCUUGAGGCACCGGUCCAUCUCUCUGGAACUCGUAGGAUUUUGCAUGUUUGUGGAUCUUCCCGAGCUGUGCAGUAUUUAAGCAAACAAUUCUCUUGGUGGUAGUUAAUAUUAUGGCCAGCAUUAUAUUCAGAUAAUCUAGAUCAUUAGCGGUUGUAGAGGGUUAGCUUAGUUUUCCUUUUGCUGUUAGAGAGGAAUGCUGUUGUUGGAACUUGACUGCAGAGCGCAUUGCUUAGCUUUGUUUCCUUUUGGAAAAAAAUGGGGUUAUUUACAGAUGGCAUUAGCUUCA